GGAGGUAGGGGUGGGGACGAGUGAAAGGUUGUUCUUUGGGGCGUUGAUACUCAGCCUGGUUCAGUCGUUGUAGGAGACGAGGUGCCUUCGAUUCUUGUCACUGAAGCCGAUACGUUCAAUAAACCAAAUACAAGAAAAAAAAAAAAGGAAUAUCUUUACUAGUUUUGGAGGAAGGAGACAUGCAAGGUUCUGGAUUUCAGCGUAACCCAUUUCUUCUUCCGCUUUAAUUUACUUCGUUUCCGAGCUAUUUUAACAGGUAAGGUCCGAACCAUAGUGAGAAAGAUUAUGGUGUAUGUUCUGCCCAUUCAACAUGUCAUGUUUUUGGUUGCUCAUCAUGGAGGAGUCCUUCUGCAUUUGAUGUCCAGAAAUCAUCUGCUUCCAAGAGUUUAAGCUUGAAAAUGGGAGUUCUGCCACAACAACGUCAUAAUACAAAGCCAUUGAGUUUCCAGUUUCAAGAUCAGGAUUCAUCUUCUACUCAAUCAACUGGUCAAUCUUAUCCAGAAGAUGGUUCAGCUCAAUCAGGUCAAAUUUCUAUCCGGUGUAGCAGUUCUUCUGCACGCUCAAAAUGUGUUGAUAGUGGAGGUGGUCUCAUCAGGUCAUCAUUGGGGAGUCAGAGUUUUUGUUUUCCUCCUUUCCAAGUGGAUCAUAACCAAUCAAUUGCUCAUAUAGCAUUUCGCCAUGCUGAACCAUACUUUGAUGGUGUGCUUGCUGCUUAUGGGCCACAGUCUAAGAUUCAUCAGGCCCAACUCAUGGGAUUAACUUCUGUUCGAGUUCCUCUUCCUUUUGAUCUGACAGAAGAACCAAUAUACGUGAACGCAAAGCAGUACCAUGCUAUUCUGAGGCGUAGACAGUAUCGUGCCAAACUCGAAGCACAGAACAAACUCACCAAAGCUCGGAAACCAUAUCUUCACGAGUCCCGGCAUCUGCAUGCAUUAAGGAGGGCUAGAGGUUCUGGUGGUCGCUUUCUCAACAGCAAACAACUCCAGGAAGCAAGCCUCAAAACAGACAGUCUUGGCCUGAAAGUUUCGGAAGGUACCAGGUUGAACCUAGGUGGAAAUAUGUCGGAAUCCAAAAAUCAUGCUGAUGUAGGAAACUACAGAGAUGGGGCAUGCCCCACAGGUUCUGAUAUCACCAGUGCAUCCAAUAGUGAUGGCAUGUUCCAGCAACAUGAGUCCAGCUUCAGGCUCUCUAGCUACCCUCCUCACAUUGGAUGGAGCAUGCACGGCUACUCAGCUGAACCCGGCGCCCGUGGAAGUGGUGGCGGGAAUCAACAGCACGUGUCUGUCCUCAUGUGAUGACAGACACAUGAUUCUUCAGAUGAGAAGAUGAAUAUGGAAACUGCUUGUUUUCCCAAUGGGAAGUCAUCCUUGGCUCAUUUAUAUACACACACUACGUAUUCCUACACCUCGUGGUGUUCAUGUCAGCUAUCCCGGAACAAUGAUAUGAACAUCUUAUUAGAUAUAUUAUGUGAAGUUGAUUUGGUGUUUCUAAGUGUUUUGGCAAAGUAGAAGAACGUCUGGGGAAUUAUGCUGAUGACUUGUGAAAUAUCAAAUAUGUCUUAUGUUUGAGGAUUGAUGAUGUAUUGAUUCUGGCUUGAAUGAGACCUUUAUUUCCUGGUGCUUCUGUGAUAUCUCAUUUAUGUUUUGGCUGAAAAA